AUGAGAGUGUGGGUGCUGCUUGUGCUGCUGUCUGUUGUGCCAGGCUCCUACAGCAAGUUCCUUGAGCUGAGGGUGGAUGUUGACUUCCCUGGAGAUGAUAUCCAGCAGAUCUUCUCUCCAGAUGCCUACCACUGUCAGCUAGCCUGCACCGAGCACAGCUCCUGCCUCUUCUUCACCUUUUUACGAUCUGACUGGGUCUUAGACAACAGGAAUUUCCACUGCUACCUGAAGUACACAGCCAAUGGUAUCCCAUCCCGGGUUUCAGAUCUGAAAGGUGUAACAUCAGGCUUCUCACUGUCCCGUCUGGAGUACAAAACCCGUCCUUGCCUGUCAUCCACAUAUCAGGACACUAAUUUCCCAGGAUUAGACUACCAUGAAUUCCCCUCAUCUAGCUCUGACAAAUGCCAGAACGCGUGUACCAAUGAUCCAUACUGCCGAUUCUUUUCUUUCACAACAGAGAGCUUCUCAGUGGCAGACAGACGCUGGCCGUUCCCAGUGCCGCCAGUGAUCACAACCAAAAAUGUCCACGUAUCAGGAUUUUCACAGUCACUACUUAAGGCUAAUGGAACCUUUAAACAAGAAUGCAGUGAUUUGGUCCUUGCCAACAUAAACUUCCCCGGCAAUGACUUGGAGCAGAUUGUUGCUGGAUCACCCCAACACUGCCAGAUCCUGUGCACCAUACAUCCCCGCUGCAACCACUUCUCAUAUACCAGGCCCCAAAUGCGCUGCUACUUGAAGUAUAAGCCAAGUGGGUAUGAGCCAGUUAGGGGGGAUGAGGUGUAUUCAGGAUUUCCAGCAUGCAACUGCAGGCCUUCAAAUGUCUCACGCUUUGAGAACGUGGAUCUCACUGGAGCCGAUUACCGUUUUGUUGUGACCACUGAUCCUGAGAGCUGUCAAAAUAUCUGCACAGCCGAUCCAGACUGUCAGUUCUACACUUACAUCUUUCCAUCUAACCCUGAGCCAAUCCACAGGAAUAGGUGCUACCUAAAGAGGGUCAUGACUCUGCCCCGGCCUUCUACAGUGGUGACCACGCGUGGUGUGGUAUCUGGCUUCUCUCUGAAAGACUGUCAAGACAAUUAAACAUAACUACCUGAAUCCUUUACUUUAGUUGCAAGAAAAGGGUUCCUGACUCUCUGUCUCCUAUGAUUUGCAUGCCUACAUGAUUAUGGUUCUGAUUAAAAUAAAUAU